AGAGAGAGAGAGAGAGAGAGAGAGAAGAUUUUGAAUAAAAUAAGGGAGAUUGAGAUAGUCCAGGUCAGAGGGCGAGCACAUGCCAGAUACCAAAACAACGGUCCAGAUCAUCCAACACUCACCGAAUCGAAGGGCUCUAAAUUCGUCCUUACAAACAAACACUUAUCGACUAACAACGGUCCACAACGUGCCACGUGUCCUCAAGAUAAAGCGUUAUUAAUCCUUCUGAUCCAACGGACCCUGCUCAUUACAUCCCAAACAAACCCCUUCCGUUCCGUCUCACCAUUCCCCUCCUCGCCGGAGCCACCGUCACUCGCCGCCGGCCACCGUAUCCGACCCUGUGAUUAGUCGAAUUUGAGUUCCAAACACAAUUGCACGAGUCAGUGUUUUCAGGCUUCGACAAUUUCGUUUCAACAGCGCUUCAAUUUCACGCAGAACCACCACUGAGUCGAACCGAUUCGUGCCGAGUUCGUGACUCGGACCUCAAUUUCUCAUUCAUUCCAAUUCGAAUUUGAAAUUUUGAAGAGAACCGCGCCAAGCACUGAGUUUCCUCUGCGAAAAGCGCUUCAAUUUCACGCGCAACCGAGUCAAAGCGAUUCAAGUUCAGUUCGCGACUCGUCCAUGGCGAACUCUGAUAUUUUCAAAUACUGACUUCGCGGUUCGGAGAAGUUUCAUCGUUUCUCAUUUUCCUCUCCAAAACAGCGUUUCAAUUUUACGCGAAACCUCGCCGUGUGUCGAUGGCGGACUCUGACAACGAUUCCGGCGGUGCGAAUAACGCCGGCGGAGCGAAUGCUCAGGGAAGCGAGAUGUCGCCGCGGGAACAGGACCGGUUUCUGCCGAUAGCGAACGUGAGCAGGAUCAUGAAGAAGGCUUUGCCGGCGAACGCGAAGAUCUCGAAGGAUGCGAAGGAGACGGUGCAGGAGUGCGUGUCAGAGUUCAUAAGCUUCAUCACCGGCGAAGCCUCCGACAAGUGCCAACGCGAGAAGCGCAAAACCAUCAACGGCGACGAUUUGCUGUGGGCGAUGACCACUCUCGGCUUCGAGGACUACGUGGAGCCACUCAAGGGUUACCUCCAGCGCUUCAGGGAGAUGGAAGGAGAGAAGAGCGUGGCGGCGCGUGAUAAAGACGCGCCUCCUGCUCUUAAUGCUAACAACAGUACUUUCGAGAGUAGUAGUUAUGGUGGUGGAAUCAUUAUGCAUCAGGGACACGUGUACGGUUCUGGUGGGUUCCAUCAAGUGGCUGGUGGCGCCGCUGCUAUUAAGGGUGGGCCUGGUUAUCCUGGGGCCGGAUCUAAUGCGGGUAGGCCCAGAUAGAUGGCCUGUGGUGUGACCCGGUUUUAUUUGGUGGAUGUUAUUAUUCAUAAUUUAUAUAUAAAAAAAAAUAAAAAUGCAAGAUUUGUAGUGAGGAUUAGCGAAUUAGUAAUAAUACUGAGAGAAUUGGUUUGGGAAUUUGUAUUCUGAUGAUAUCAUUGCCGAUUGAUUCUCGAUAUGUAUAGUAUGACACUCCUAAGAAACUUAGAGGAGCUGAAUUGUACAAAGAUGA